CCCUAAAGAUCCACCCCGGGACCCCCCCAGGAUCCACCCCGGGACCCCCCGAGGAUCCGCCCGGGCUGCCCGAGGAGAGGCCGGUUGGGGAUCCCGGUGCGGGGAUGGGAGCGCCGCUCUGAGCACGGCGAGGGAUCCCCCGGGAGCGCAGCGGAGACCCCCCCGUCCCCCAGCUGAGCCCGGUCCGGGUCCAUCCCACGGGAGCGCUCCUGGCAGGCUUGGAGGGGCGAGGAUGGCUCAGGAGACGAACCAGACCCAGGUGCCCCUGCUGUGCACCACGGGCUGCGGGUUCUACGGCAGCCCCCGCACCAACGGCAUGUGCUCCGUGUGCUACAAGGAGUUCCUGCAGAGGCAGCAGAGCAGUGACCGGAUAAGCCCCCCAGCUCCCAGUGGUGCCAGCAGCAGCCCCAUGGCUUCUGAAGCAGUUGCAGAAGGAGACUCCACACCUGAGGAUGCAAAAGCCAGUGCUCAGACUCCUGUGACCCAUCAGAUGACGGCCAUGAGCAUAUCCAGAGAGGAAACCAGCACUGAGCCAGAGGAGUUCAGUAAGACAGAAGAAGCCUCAUCAGCAUCUUCCUCGUCAGGUACCCUGCUUGAGAUCCCCCAGGACACAGCUGAGGGCAAGGCCGCUGCGGAGAAGCCGAAACCCAAGAAGAAUCGCUGCUUCACCUGCCGGAAGAAGAUCGGCCUGACUGGCUUCGACUGCCGCUGCGGGAACCUGUUCUGUGCCAUCCACCGGUACUCCGACAUGCACGCCUGCCCCUACGACUACAAGGCAGAGGCUGCCGAGAAGAUCCGCAAGGAAAACCCCAUCGUUAUCGCCGAGAAGAUCCAGAAGUUGUGAAGGGGGGGGGGUCUGAGCAGCUCGAACUGCAGCCAGCAGGGCGGCCCGGUGCUCCUCCCCUUCCUCCCAGCCUUCCUCCUCCUCCUCCUCCCCUCCUCCUCCCAGCCCCAGCGGUGGUGCGAGGGUGACUCCGGCAGCGCACACGGACCGGCACCGGGACACGGGGGGCUCCUCGCACCUCCUGGGCGGUCAGUCGGUGUUCCUUCUCUCCCUCCCUUCCUGUCCGACAGCCACAGCUCAGCUGACGUGUUCUCAACCAGCUUCCCAAAGGAAAAGGGGCCGUCCUGCCCCGCUGCUCCAGCGCUGAAGACCUUGGGACCCGCCUCUCUCCGGGCGCUCUGCGUGCUGUGAGCGUCUGGGCUUUCCCUUCCCGGCUGCUGCGAGUCCCGUGAGCCACCCAGGACUCGAGGCCGGAGUCCCUGAGCAGCCCCUGGACUUUGCUGCCCGUGCCCCACCUCCUGCAAUCCCGGGGGCUGGGGGAUCCCGGCAGCCAGGCUGCCGUCUGCUCCCGGGAGGUGCCCGGGCCCCGAUGCAGCAGAGUUGUUUCCAUGGUUCUGACGCCCCAGAUCCCCCUCUUCACCCUGUGCUGGAGAAGCCCCGAGGGGACUGAGCAGCGGGGCUGGCACAGGGGAGUCAUUUCGUGGCUCGGGGCGACGUGGGCAGGGCAGGACCUUUGGGAAGAGGCUCCGCUCGCUGCCUCGUGCCCCUCUCCACAGGGACAGCCCUGCUCCAGCCUGCCGUGCUCCAACACCCCUGGAGAACCCCAACUGCUCCCCCAGCGAGGUUUGUGUCCCCUGUCCCCUCCCUCUCCUCCCCUCCCCUCUCCUCUCCCUGCCUUCUGCCUUACACGAGUCGCUCUCAUCAGGGUUGUGCACAAAGCUCAGGUCCCCACACCUCUGCUUCUGGACCUGUCCCUGCCCCCAGGUGACAGCGGGGUCCCCUCCUCCCCCCUGGGCAGCUCGGGGAGCCCACCCAGCUGCCCUCUCCCCUGCCUCCUCCUCCCUCCCUCCCUCCCUCCUGCUCCAAAAGCCGCACAGUGGGAACUGGGCACAGGGAAAGGCACGUGGAGGGGCUGCAGGGCAUGGGAAAAGACCCGAGGAGGGUCCCGGGGAAGCACGGGCAGGGGCUCAGAAACGCCCAUGGAGAGCCCCAGGGAGCAGGGAGAGGUGCUUGGAGAGCUCUGGGCCCACUGAGAGAGUUCCUUGGGAUGGUGGAAGACUCAGGGAGGGCUCUGGGGUGCCAGGGAAGGCAGAGGGAGAGCUCUGGGGUACAGUGAACAUGCUCAGAGGACUCGGGCACCCCAAAAAGCACCUGAAGGGCUCUGGAGUGCCCACACUGGCACACGUGUAGAGAGGGAGGUUUAGGGAAAGCCAAAUGCCAGCUUGGCAUCACCCCAGGAGGAGCCUCUGGAGGGCUCAGGG